AUGGAUAAAAGCAUGAUCAAGAAAAGAGGCAGGCCUCCCAUCACGAAAGAUUAUCCUAAUCCCCUACAAAGCCCCAUGGCGCAUUCUUCAAUGCAAGUCCAGAAGCAAGGGCCUCACAGUUUUGCCAAACCUCUGAUGAAAGUGGGGCAAUCUAGCCCAUCCCCAAAUAAAAGAAGACUGAGCAUUGACCAUCAUCAUAAUUUGGCGGCGACUACGAGGAAAGGUAGAUACAGGGGCGUUCUUCUCUCUACUCCCACCAAGAAAUCUGGAAAUAACGGAUCUACACCGAUCUCUACCCCGUCUUCGAAUGACAGCUAUAACAAUACGGUGUUUUCUGAAACAAGGAAAUCAUUCCUACAAAGUUCGCCGCCUAUUAUGACAUCCUCUCCAGCUUUCCAAAAGAAAAAUGAUUAUGUAUUUCCUUCACCGGACCAAUUCAAACUUUCUUUAACCAUUACCGAAAGUGGGAAGGCCGUAAUUGCUGGGUCUUUACCCUUCUCUCCAUUGUCAAAAUCAUCUCAUUCUUUAAUGAGCAAUAAUAAUAAAAUGAUCUUGCCCAAUGACAAAAUUCACAAAAACAGCAAGAAAAGCGCACCUAAGUUUGAGAAGAAACGUAUCCUUUCUCUCUUGAGGCAGAUGAAGAAUGAGAAAGAUUGUGAUGCGCUUCCCGAAGUAGGUCCAGCCAAAUCAAGCAGAUCUGACAUUAUCGACACAGAAUUACCGACUAUCAUAGAAACUUCGGCUUCUCCAAUAGGCAGCGCUAGAAACGGCAACGCAGUACUUACGCAUCCCCCACAAUCACCUCCCCCAAGUGCACAACUUAAACCUCCAUCCACUCCAAAGAGUUCUUUAGAAUUCAGAACGGGAUUUACCCCCAACGUUGCACUAAAUUCCGUAUCAUUAAACAAUACUUUAGUCAAAUCUACUAAUGCUACGAGCUCCGGAAAUAAUAACAAUCAUAACAGUAAUUCCGUUACUAAUAUCGCAGAUGCCAAUACUUUACUUACCUUGACCAAUAGCCCUGGAGUUUUUUUAUCGCCGAGAAACAAAAUGUUGCCCAAAUCAACUACUGCAUCUAGCGAACAACAGCAGGAAUUUGUAUUCAAAUUUUCAAGUGGUGACCCGUUAUUGCUUACUGAUGACGCAGAUGGAAACUGGCCAGAAAUGCUGUUCAAUAUAUCGAAUACUCCAAGACGCCAAAAAUGUUUCAAUACACCUCCUUCAUGGAUAAAUUUUGGCUCACCUGGAUUGUUCAGUCCACCAAGAAGUUCCAAUGUUAUGGUGAAUGGUGCGACUACAGCAACCACAUCGGAUACCGGUAACGUCCAUAGGCAAUUGCAAGCCCAAUUGGAGGCACAAGUGCAAGUGCAAUCCCAAACCAAUUCUCCAACUCAAAGGCAACAGCAACAGCGUCAAUUUCAAAUGCCUCCACCCCAUAUAAACAUGAACUCUUCUCCGCCGCAAAUCAAUAUCGCUUCCCCACCUCAACAAUCUAUGUCCCGCAGGUCAUCUAUUUACUUCAAUAAAGAAAAAAACACACCAGGGGUAGCAAAUAUGCUAGGUAACACCAAAAGUGAAAAUCUACAGCCGCCAGCGAAUUUGUUUAACGCUGCCCAUGGUCCUUCUACUCCUAGGAAUCAAGAAUUUCAAUUACCCACUUUGAUUGAAUGCACUCCAUUAAUCCAACAGACAAUGAAUGGCUCAUUGGGAACCAAAUACAUACCAGGAACUUCCAUCCCGAACAGUACUACCCCCAAUUUGCACGGGUUCAUUGCUGAGAAUGUGAAAACUUCCUCUAGUUUAGAUGAGUCACUAAAACACAACCCAUACAGCAACAAGCAAGAUGAUGCUAGAACUGCUUUGAAAAGAUUAAUUGAUGAUCAAUGA